CCCAAAAAGAAGAGAAGGCACUCGUCGUGUUCCCUAAUAUCGUUUUCCCUUCUGUUUGUGAUAUAGGUCGGGCCGCAUUUCGACCUUUGCCGGUCGUCGAACGUCGAAAGCAGAUAGACUGAAGGCCGGCAGUUUAAAUCUCUAGUGAAAAUGUUGUUUUUCUCGUACUUCAAGGACUUGGUGGGCAGAGAGGUGACGGUUGAGUUGAAGAACGACCUAGCAAUCAGAGGAACUUUGCACUCUGUAGAUCAGUAUCUCAACAUCAAACUUGAAAACACGAGGGUUGUUGAUCAAGACAAAUACCCUCACAUGCUUUCAGUGAGAAACUGCUUUAUCAGGGGAUCGGUGGUGAGAUAUGUUCAACUUCCACCGGAUGGUGUUGAUAUCGAGCUGUUGCAUGAUGCCACAAGACGCGAGGCUCGGGGUGGCUAAUGUCAGUUAGUUUGGAAGUUUGUAUGGAAUAUAUUCAUUGAUUAGAGUGCACUUUUUAGUAUACGACGUGAGACAAUUAGAAGCUCGUACUUUGUGAUCUAGCGACACUUUAUUUUCUGUUCAACUAUUCUCAAGCGAAAAAUCCAUUGACAUUGUAGUCAGCAGGAGAUAGUGAAACCAGGGUUGAGGCCUUCCGGUGGACAAAAAUGUAUGUUUUGGUUUCGGAUUCACAUUCAAACAAUUGCAUAAACAGUUGAAGUUUA